CCUACUACAUCUCUCAUCAACCGCUCGUGACUCGGGUACUGUUCUGAGGAGCCACUUUAGUUUGCGUUUGUUGCCCGUGAAGGAUGCCUUCUGCCAAUCCUAAACUAGAGAAACAGGCCUCUACGGAGACCGCGGAACCCAUACGCCAAGCGAUCGUCGUAAUCGAGCACAAGAUACGCAAUCUCGAGAAGCGUAAGGGUAAACUAGAGUCAUACAGGGAUCUGCAGAAGAACGGGAGGGAGUUAAACUCUGACCAGAAAACAGCAGUUGCUAAAUAUGACGAAGUGCUACAGACCUUGGACAUUACCCGGGAAAUGUAUAAGCAAAUUGUUGGUAUCGCCAAUGAUGCAGUCAAACAGCAAAAGAAGUUGGCGCGGAAGGAGGCCCUUGAGCGGAUGCAACAAGAUAUUGCAAAAGUGCGAGAGGUGCUUGUUAUUCAGGAUACCUUGAUAAAUAUGGGUACUGAUUCUGCUAGAGAUGAUUUUGUUAAUGGCAAGAAUGGUGCUAUAAAGCUGUCGGAAGAGGAAUUAAAGUGCCUAGACAGCUUUUAUAAUGAACUAACAAUGAAACAUCAAUGUGAAGAGGGAGAACCAACCUUUUUUCAACAAGCCCAAAAAGUUGCAGAACAUUAUGUUGCACUUGUUGAGGGAAAACAACGUGAAAUAGUUGGCACUACAUAUAACAAGUUGAAGGACAUCAUCACAAACAUCAGUCAAUGUGGCUAUUUUGAUCAGGCCCACGAAUCUGAGGCAAUACCUGUAGAAGAGGUUACUGAAACAUUAACUGAAACACAAGUUACUGAUGGACCAAUGGCACAGGAACAAGUCAACGAAGAAUACAAUAAUAACGACAGGCACAUUCCACCAGAAUCUAUGAUACCCAUUCCAAAUUUUCCUGUUCAAGUUGCCCCACUUCCUGUUGUUUCUGGUACCGCGUCAGUUUCAGGACCUAUUCCGGUCGUAGCGCAACCUAUACCACCGCAUCCAGCUGCCACAGUUGAUACUCCUUACUACACGACCGCUACCAGCUUUGUCCCACAACAGCAGCCACAACAACAGAAUCAGCAAUCUCAACAGCAACCACCGCCGGCUUCUAGAAUCAACGAUGUCAUAGGGACACCUAAUUUCUUCUUCUUGCAGGAGUCUGAGCUCGAUUCGCCGGACGUCACGUCACAGACACCUAUUGUGUCACACAUUCCUCCUGCGGUUAAUGCGCCGAUUCCAUCGCAGACCUUCACGAAUCAGAAUUUUGCAAAUGCGCCCGUUGGCGUACCCCAGCAAGUUAUAUACCAGCACCAACCACCGCAAGAUAUGUCACACAUUCCCGGAUUUGCAAAUCCUAAUCCACCACCACCAAUCCCGAUGCCACCUUCUCAUCAGCAAGCAAACAUGCAAUAUAGUCCGCAGCAUCCAACUGGUUUCCAGCCGCAACAGUCACAGCAGCAAAAUGGAGGGCAGCAGUUGUCCCAGCCAGGACAGACGCAAAAUUUUGAACAGACGCCUCAUCAACAGCAAGAACCUCAAGUAUCCACGGAGGAGAAAACUGAAAAUGGUUCGAGUGAGACUAAUGUUGCUAUGGAAUCAGAGUUGGAACAGCAAACUGAAUCAGUCGAUUGGUGUCAGAUGACUGAAACUAAUGAUUGGAGUCAACCUGAUCAGCAACAGCCGUCUAUUCAAGAUCCCCAGCAAACGCCACAGCAGCAAACAACUCAACAAACUUGGGCUGAGCAACGUGGCGGAUAUAGAGGAAGAGGGGGCAGAAGAGGAACCUCAAAUGGCUAUAAUGGCAGAGGCAGGGGAAAUUAUCAGCAAAAUGGUCGUGGAGGACAAGGCACAUAUUAUCGCAACGAUAGUAAUUAUCAAAACGGAUAUCAACAACGCUCCUGGGUAAACAACGACGGAAAUAAUGGAUACAAUAGUGGCUUCAAGCGUGGUGGUAAUGGACCUAGGGGAGGUUCACGAAGCGAACGCGGCAUGGACAGGGGUCGCGGACAAUUUCGCGGUCAAAGGGGGGGUAAUCGAGGUGGAUACGCUCCACGUGGCAAGCCCCAUACGCAACAAUAAAAAAAAGAAAAUAAAAAGAACGCAACAGCAUAUAAAUGCACAGUGGAAUGUUAUUAUGAUUUACAACCAUGAUUCAACUGUCUUAUUUAUGAAAAAGCUUAAGUCGAAAUAAUGCAUUUGCAACAAAAAAUAAGACUCAAAGUUUAGAUACCAUGCAGUAUCGCGUGCAUGAGUAUUAUACAUAAUAAUUUUGAUAUUAAACAAACAAUCUUUAAGUGAGAUGUAGUUUUUGUAAUAUACAGAAAAAUCUGUAUAACAUAUUUUUUAUCUAUUAUACUCACACGUUGCAUUAAGGUUCCUAGUCCCUCGUUGCGGAACUUGAUUGAUAACUUUAAAAGUGAGAAAACCUACAUACAAAAUUCUUACGUAUUAUUUCUAGAGAAAAAGAUAUUUGUAUGAAACAAUAAUUGAGGUCGCUAGAACAUACUUGUAUAAUGCUCGAAUACUAUGUUUCUUUUGUGAAAAUCAAUAGCUAUAAAAUGACUAAUAUAUAAAGUUGAUCAUACAAAAUGAUAAUGCAUGUGCAUGACUAAGUUUUAUCAGUCAUAUAAUUGUUGAUUGAUGUCAAAGGGGAAACACAACAUUUGAAAUAUUUUACAAGUAUGCUUUCUUUUACAAAUAAUGAUCUAAAGUAUUUUUUCAUAUGGAUAUCUUUUUAUUUGGGAAUGAUAUACAAGAAUUUUCAGCGAUCAUUUCUCACUUCUGACGUUAUUAUCUAAUAUGGCGAGCAUUCAGGAGCCUUGUAAUUUCAUGGGAAAAAAGUUGAUUAGUUAUAAAAUGAGACAGUUUUGCAUUUAAUGCAAUACAUACGUCACAUGUUGCGAUGUCAUAUGAUAAAAAGAAAAUUCGACGGAACCCCUCAAACGCGUGUACUAGUAUUUACUGGAGCUUACGGCUUAGGAUAUUUCUUAAAUAUGACAUUGAACGAAACUUUGCAUUUGAAUUUGGUAUUUGCAAUCACAGAGAUUAAAGUUGAUACGAAGAUAACAGAAGGAACAUUGUGAUAUAAAGGAAGCUGUACCAAAUUCAGAAAUGUGAACCUACCAUGCAAGUAUUAUUGUGUUGUGACAGAAGGCAGGUUUCACAGGGCAACAACAGCUAAUCUGUAAAGAUUAGAAAAAAUAUAUAAUAAUUUUAUUAUAAAAAAACAAAAAAAAACAAGAACUUACCUAACAAAUAUUUCACGCAGAGACAAAAACGUAUUUAAAGAGUAACAUUAAGAUGAUUAUAAGUAUAUAGGCGAUCUGCACGACCAUCUCUUCGUCUUGCGGCGCAAUCGUUCCAGAGAGAAUUUUCUAAGAUACCAGAAAAAAGAGGAUACAGCGAGCAAUGCCUUCUACUGCUAAAUAUUAUAUCUUCUUGACUUCAUGCCCCGAUCUGCUGGAAAGCGAUUAUGUAACUUUUCUUUAGGAGCAGAAAUGUGAGAAGUUCGUACAACUUGACUUUAAUCGUCACAUAACUUUCUAAACUACAAAAAAUAUGUAAAACUUUUAAUAUUUCCACUACUAGAAAAAAGUUACAUGAUCACUUUGAUUAGUGUAUGAAUUUGAGAGACUUAACGAGAUAGAUAAUUAACAAAGAUUAAAAAAUUUUAUGGAGAGAUUUAAGUAGUUCAAGUUAUAAGUGAUUCACGGAUAUGUAAAAUCUAAAAGGCAUUUUUCACAUAGUAUGAUAUAUGUCAUGACACUAUGUAUAAACCGCGUCGCUCUCGCUUCUGUUUUUUCUGUGUGAUUCCAAAAAUUCUUCACGGUCGUCGCCUAGGCAAUUAGCCAAACGAAAGAGAUCGCGGUGCAAUGUCCUUUAACGAUAUAACAUAUAUUACCUGAUUUUUUUUGUAUUACGAAACAAAGGAAGAAUAAGAGUAAAUGAAUGAUUAUUUUUAAACCAGAGGAAGCGACAGGUGCGCGGGGCUUAGAGUGUAAGUCGAGUUCGGUAUAUAAUUAUUAAGAGAGAUUGAUUUAAAGAUUGAGGAAGAAAGAAAAAAAGAAUAUACGCGCUUUUCACAGCGCACUGCCGAAUAAGUCAUGCUCCACAUCGCUAAACAUGCAAUGAAGAAUACCAUUUAAUAGUA